AUGGCUGUGGCAGGCUGCACCCUGUGUAUUAAAUACAUGUUGUUCUUUCUAAACUUUAUAUUUUGGCUUGCAGGUGGUGUGAUCCUAGGAGUGGCACUGUGGUUGCGCCACGACACUCAAACCAGUAAUCUUCUUAUUCUUCAGUUUGAGGGGCAGCAAGCACCAGGGACCUUCUAUAUAAGUGUGUAUAUUCUGAUAGCUGUUGGGGCGAUCAUGAUGCUGGUGGGAUUCCUUGGAUGCUAUGGGGCCAUUCAGGAGUCUCAAUGCCUGCUUGGAACUUUUUUCUUCUUCCUGGUGAUCCUGUUUGCCUGUGAGGUCGCUGCGGCCAUCUGGGGUUUCAUGAAUCGAGACACAAUUUCCAAAGAACUCAUCAACUUCUACGACUCGGCGUACAUCAAGGCCGUGGACGUGUCUGGCACUCCCAGUAAAGACUCCGCCAUCAAGGUCCUGGAGGUGUUUCACAGAACGCUCGACUGCUGUGGAAAAGGGGAUGACACACCUCUUUUCAAGCAAGUGGCUAACACCUUAUGUCCCACAAAGACGACAGAGGAUUUCCUACUAUCUCAGAGUUGUCAUCACAAACUCAUCGAGCUGUUUUCAGAGAAGCUCCAUUUGAUCGGUCUGGCGGCUCUGGUGGUGGCGGUUAUAAUGGUCUUUGAGAUGAUCUUUACCAUGGUGUUGUGCUGUGGGAUUCGCAACAGAUUUGAUAGAGGAUUUACAUCUCACCAGAUCACAUCAUCCACUUCACAAGCAGCAACAACGCAGGCAGAGGAGGCCAUGAAGCAGUCUGUUACAAUGCCCAACACCUCGGUCACGACCUACGGGCUUCCCACGGACCUCCAGCUGGGGAAUGGGAGCUCCAUGUCGGACGAAAUGGCGCGGUCGAGACGUGUCCAGCAGCAGGUCCAGAUGAGACUGGCCGAAAAGAGCACACUUCCGCGUCAGAACGGCUCCGCUGCGCACUACGCCAUGUCAGACUAUGGGGGUUCUUCCACUAAAUAUCAGACAUAUCAGCCAAACUUCACCUCCAAGUCAUCGUACAUGUACUCAGGAGGAGCCAGAACCAUGGGCCCUCGAAUAUCCCAGAGGACUGGAUUCAGCUCUCAGUCUGCUGGGGCAGAUCUGGCUCAGUUACAGCAGAUGAGCAUUGGAGGUGGAGGUGGAGGAGGUGGUGGUGGAGGAUAUUACAGAGAAGAGAUGAAAAUGACCCCAAGGCCCCACAAUGACCUGGAGUCUGCUUCCAUGCACUCUAUGCGACUGGUCAACCCCUGGGAUGACAGCGAUGCAGCCAGUAUUGUGUCUGGGGAUGGUGUUUUUAACCGGCCGUACACUCAGAGUCAGGGCACUAUGAAUGGAUACAGCACCCAGAUGCGUUCUGUCACUCCUAUGCGUAGAUCCCUCAGUGGGACACUGUCCCGGGUUGGAGGCAUGGCCGGAGUAGAAGCCGAAAUGAUCAAUCACCAGAUGUCAUUCAAGGGGCCAGCACACCGCACCAUCAGCAGGAUCAAUAACCGCAACAGGACCAGCAUGAGCUCCAUGUCCGGGACCAUCCAAAGACCCAUGUCUGUGGGAGGGGGCAGUGUCUACUCUGCAGGGGGCGACAGAGUCGACCGCGGAGGCUUCAUAGUCUCAUCAGCCACCACAGGAAGCUCUGGAGGACGGAUGUUUCAAGGUUCUCUGCCUCGCACCAUGUCCAUGAAGAGCAUCCACAGUGUGGGCAGAGGAGUGGACAUCUACAAUGGACAGAACGAGAUGGGAAUGAGCAUCGGCAACCUCAGCGCCAUCAACAAUUUGGACAUGGCCUCAGCCAUCAUGCACCUGAGAGACCCAGACCCAGACCUGCAGGUCAUUGGAGCAGCCUUCAUUCAACACGAGUGCUACAAUGACAGUGAUGCCAAAGAUGAGGUCCGACGAUUCAAGGGCAUAACAGAACUGAUCAAACUGUUCAACAGUGAGAGCCAGGAGGUGCAGCGUUAUGCCACCGGCGCCACUCGGAACCUCAUCUAUGAAAGCAUGGAUAACAAGGUGGCUCUGAUCAAUGAGGGCGGCAUCCCAAACCUGGUAGGGGCCCUGAAAGACCACGACCACGAGCUCCACAAGAAUAUCACUGGCAUUUUUUGGAACCUGUCUUCCAAAGACAACCUGAAGGAGAAAUUGGCCAAAGAGAUCCUUCCAGAGCUGACGGCGCAAAUCCUGAUUCCGCUGUCCGGAACUGGGAAGACCGAGCCCAUCGUGCAGAGUCCGUCUGAGUCCGAUAUCUUCUACAACACUACAGGCUGUCUCAGAAAUCUAAGUUCUGUGAAUGAGAAGACACGUCAACAGAUGAGGGAAACCCCUGGCCUCGUAGAGUCGCUGGUGGGAUACAUACAGGCUUCAAUUGAAAGUGAAAAGACGGAGGAAAAAGGAGUAGAAAAUUCUGUUUGUGUCCUGAGAAACCUCUCCUAUCAGAUUUAUAAUGAAAUGCCUCCAUCUGCUUUGUUGCGCCUGGAAGGACCAACCAGGGGCCAGGACACAGGGAAAGCUGAGCCCAUUGGCUGCUUUACACCUCAGAGCAAGAAGGCCAAAAAGAAACAAUUGAAUGUGUCUACGCUGUCGGAGGUAUCCAGAAUCCCCAAAGGGGUAGAGUGGCUGUGGCAUCCCCAAAUCGUGUCUCUUUACAUUAAAGUGCUGCGUCAGUGUGAGAUCAACUUCACCACACGAGAGGCCGCGGCAGGAGCCCUGCAGAACAUCACAGCCGGAGACAAACGGUGGGCAUCUGUGCUGAGUCAGCUGGCUCUGGAGCAGGAGCGUGUGCUGCCCCUUCUGCUGGACCAACUCAGGACCGACAACGACCCGGAGCUGCGGUCCCUCACCGGCCUGUUGAGAAACCUGUCCCGCCACACCAAGGACAAGAACGACAUGGCUACAAAGGUGGUGAAUAACCUGGUGACAAAGCUCCCGGAGGAUGGGAAUAGCAAAGAGCUGUCCAGCGACGCGGUGGUGAACAUCUGUGGUAUCCUCAACAACCUGGUCACCAGCAGCUACAUCGCGGCCAGAGAUAUAACCUUUUUUGACGGUUUGCCCAAACUGAUGGGCAUCCGAAACUGCCAUGACGGCUCCGUGGGAAAGGUUAAGGCGAGCAAAGCAGCAGCCACCGUUCUCAAUAACAUGUAUCAGUACAAGAAACUGCACAAAGAUUAUAAUCAGAAGCACUAUGACAGAAAAGAUUUUAUUGACGAUUCCAUCUGA